AUGGACUCCCACCUAGCCAAGCGGCCCGACUCCAGCCUACAGGGCCGGAGCCUCUGGGGAGGGCAGCUGGCCAGCGUCGCAGCCACUCCCAACAUCUGCAAGCCCACAUCUGCAAAACUGGACCCUUGUGUGGCUGCCCAAGGGUUCCCCGCCGGCACCCCAAGUCGGCGGGCGGGUGUGAUGGGCUACUACCGCCCGGCUCCUGCACCCCCACCCGACGCGGGCGACGCUCCCCGACGCGCAGGCUCCUCCCACGCCGCGCCGGAGCCCCGACCCGGCUUAAGCCGAGCCCCGGCCUGGCUGGGGCAGAGGCGGAGGCGGACGCGGAGGACUGUCAAUGCCCGCAGGAGGUCCGGAGAGCAGAUCGGGCCCGCGCCGACGAGCCUUCCGGUCGCGGGUAGGUCGGUGGCCGGGGCGAGGCGACGGGCGGGUCGGGGUGGGGGCAGAUCGGCGACCGUCCGUCCGUCCAGGCCAGCUCGGCCGCCGCCCGGGCUCCACGCCCGCGCCCGCGUGACAGCCGGCCAGCCGGGCGGGGCGGGGCGGCGCAGGCGGAGCCGUCGAGGCGCCGGCUCCGCCCUCUGCUGUAGCCCCGCCCAUUGCUUCUCGCCCCGCCCAGAAAACAUCCCUGCUUCGGCCUUCAGGCCCCGCCCAACGCUUCUGGCCCCGCCCCAGCCCCGCCCAGAUAAACAGGAUACGCCCUGGACUCCGCCCACUUCCCCAGACUCCGCCCUGGUUGGCUGUAGCCACGCCCCUGCUCCGCCCCGCCGGCGCUAUAGGAAAUGA